UUUGAAUGAAAGGAUCGGGCGCGGACUGGGACUGCCGAGAGGGACGCUCUCAGUGUCUGCUUGGAGUUGCAUUGCAUCCAACCCGCCGCCAUCUCCGCCAAACCACAUCUAAAAUAGGGAGGCAAAGAUUAGGGCUCCGAUGACCACGAAGGACAACUGCAGGAACGAGCUUCGAACCGCAAUCCGUCAGCUCAGCGAUCGCUGCCUCUACUCUGCCUCCAAAUGGGCGGCGGAGCAGUUAGUGGGGAUCGAGCAGGAUCCCGCCAAGUUCACGCCCUCGCACACCCGUUUCCAGCGGGGGAGCUCCAGCAUUCGCCGCCGGUUCCGCACCGCCGACGUCACGUCUACGCCCGUUGCUGGAGUGUCCUACGUUUCCACUCCGGUGCCGGAGGAGGAUGUGGAUGGGGUAGACACCGAUUUUUACCUUCUCGCCAAGUCUUACUUCGACUGCGGUGAGCAUCGAAGGGCUGCUCACGUGCUUCGCGACCAGACUGGCAAGAAAGCCGUGUUCUUGCGCUGCUAUGCUCUCUACUUGGCUGGAGAAAAGCGAAAAGAAGAAGAGAUGAUAGAACUUGAAGGACCCUUAGGCAAGAGUGAUGCUGUGAAUCCUGAAUUGGUAUCCCUUGAGAGGGAGUUAUCAGCUCUCCGCAAAAGUGACUCCAUUGAUCCUUUUGGCUUGUACUUAUAUGGUCUGGUUCUUAAAAACAAAGGCAGUGAAAGUCUUGCUCGAACUGUGCUUGUGGAGUCUGUGAAUAGCUAUCCCUGGAACUGGAAUGCUUGGUCAGAGCUGCAGUCUUUGUGCACUAAGGUUGAGACGUUGAACAGUCUUAAUCUGAAUAACCAUUGGAUGAAAGAUUUCUUUCUUGCUAGUGCUUACCAGGAGCUCAGGAUGCACCAUGAAUCCUUAGCCAAAUACGAGUUUCUACAGGGAACUUUCAGUUUCAGCAACUACAUACAGGCUCAAAUUGCAAAAGCUCAGUACAGCCUGAGAGAAUUUGAGCAAGUUGAAGUUAUAUUUGAAGAACUUCUGAGGAAUGAUCCUUAUCGAGUUGAAGAUAUGGACAUGUAUUCUAAUGUACUAUAUGCAAAGGAAUGUUUUUCUGCUCUCAGCUACCUUGCCCACAGGGUAUUCUUGACCGAUAAAUACAGACCAGAAUCUUGUUGCAUUAUUGGUAACUAUUACAGUUUGAAGGGGCAACAUGAGAAGUCAGUUAUGUAUUUCAGAAGGGCACUCAAAUUGAACAAAAACUAUUUGUCUGCUUGGACGCUUAUGGGUCAUGAGUUUGUUGAGAUGAAGAAUACCCCAGCUGCUAUUGAUGCUUAUCGACGGGCCGUAGAUAUAAACCCUUGUGAUUAUCGAGCCUGGUAUGGAUUAGGCCAGACAUAUGAAAUGAUGGGUAUGCCCUUCUAUGCACUUCAUUAUUUCAAAAAAUCAGUGUUCUUGCACCCAAAUGAUUCUCGGUUGUGGAUCGCUAUGGCUCAGUGCUACGAAACUGAACAGCUACACAUGGUUGAGGAGGCAAUCAAAUGUUAUAGAAGGGCAGCAAAUUGUAACGACAGCGAAGCAAUUGCCCUCCACCAGCUAGCAAAGCUGCACAAAGAGAUAGGGCGAUACGAAGAAGCAGCAUUUUAUUACAGAAAGGAUUUGGAGAGGAUGGAAACUGAAGAAAGGGAGGGACAAAAUACGGUUGAAGCUCUGCUUUUCCUUGCCAGAUAUUGCCGAUCCCAGAAAAGAUUUGAAGAAGCAGAGGUGUACUGUACCCGUCUUCUGGAUUAUACUGGUCCAGAAAAAGAAACAGCAAAAAGUAUACUUCGUGGAAUGAAAGGAGCACAAUCAGGUUUCCCUUCAAUGGAUGUUGAGCACUUUCCUCCGUAAAUUAUAUAUCCCCUCCCUCAUGACUUAUGAAAGAAGAAAAAUUAUCAGGUGCAAAAUCUGGCUUUUACAACGCAGGACUACUGAGAUAAGAUAGAAGCUUUGGGGCAAAAGAUUGAAAGCCAAUCCUGGAUUCUUAGUUGUGCUUGUGAUUGCACAGUUCUAGGUACAAUCCUUGUAAAAUAGAGUAUGUCACGUUCCCUUUUAUCAAGGCCUAUCUAUCUGUGGCUGCACUGUACUACUAGCAACUUGAAAGCCUUGUCUGGAACUGGACUGGAAUGUCUACUUCCUGAAAUUGGAAAAAGAUUUUAUGGCUUGUAUUUUGUCACAUUUCUUGGCGGGAGUCCUGUUGGCACCACGAUUUCUGCAUUACAUUUAACUCUUACAGUCAAUCAUGCAAUGGAGGCAUGAUUAUUAUGAUGGCCACUAAACCAAAACCUGUGAAACUGAGUAUGGGUAGAAUACAUUAGUUAGCCAAAAAAAAGAA